AUGGAUAAUCUUACUUCUCUAAAAUAUCUCUAUUUAGAUGGUAACAAGUUAUCUUCUACAGUUCCCUUGAACCUGUGGAGCCUUACUAAUCUCUUGGUUGUUAGCCUAUCAUCAAAUUAUCUCAGUGGUUCUCUCCCAUUAGAAAUUGGAAAUGUGAAAGUUCUAAUGAAAUUGGAUUUAUCAAGUAAUCUAUUAUCAGGCCAAAUCCCAACAACAAUUGGAGGUCUUAAAGAUCUAGUUAACCUCUCCAUGUCAAACAAUCAAUUAGAAGGCUCAAUUCUUGAAUCAUUUGGUGAACUUGUAAGCUUGGAAUUCUUGGAUCUUUCUAAGAACAAUUUGUCCGAAGAGAUUCCAAAGUCUUUAGAGGCACUGUUAUACCUCAAAUAUCUAAAUGUCUCUUUCAAUAUACUACAAGGAAAAAUUCCUGUAGGAGGACCAUUUGUACACUUCUCCGCUGCAUCAUUUAUGUCAAAUGAUGGACUUUGUGGUGCUCCCCGACUACAACUUUCCCCUUGUAAAGAAGGUGUUUCUCAACCCAAAAAGAUCGUAGCAGCACAUAUACUAAAGUAUGUAUUACCAACAAUUGGGGUAACAAUGCUUGUAAUUACUCUUGUAUUAGUACGGACAAGAUGCCAAAAAAGGAAUGCAAAACUUCCGGUGGAGUCAAACUCGUUACCACUAGCGACAUGGAGAAGAAUUUCCCAACAAGAACUUUUACAAGCAACAGAAGGGUUCAGUGAAAGCAACUUUCUUGGAAAAGGAAGCUUUGAAUCGAUAUACCAAGGGACACUCUUAGAUGGAAUGAUUGUUGCAAUAAAAAUUUUCAACUUGGAAGUAGAAAUGGCAUUCAAGAGUUAUGAUACAGAGUGUGGGGUACUACGCAAUAUUCGUCGCCGAAAUCAUGUCAAAAUCAUUAGUACAUGUAGUAACAUAGAAUUCAAAGCUUUUGUAUUGGAAUACAUGCCUAAUGGAAACCUAGAGAAGUGGUUGUAUUCUCAAGGCAGCUAUUUGAGUAUCUUACAAAGACUAAAUAUAAUGAAGGAUGUCGCGUCAGCACUAGAAUAUCUUCAUUAUGGUUAUUCAACACCCAUUAUUCAUUGUGAUUUGAAGCCUAACAAUAUCUUACUAGAUGAAGAUAUGGUCACACAUGUUGCUGAUUUUGGCAUUGCCAAGCUGUUAGGUGAUGGGGAUUCUAUGAUGCGAACCAUGACUCUUGCUACUAUUGGGUAUAUGGCACCAGAGUAUGGGUCGGAAGGAAUUGUUUCUACAAGAGGCAAUGUGUAUAGUUAUGGUAUUUUGUUGAUGGAAACUUUCACAAGAAAGAAACCUACUGAUGACAUGUUUGCUGGAGAAAUGAACCUGAAGCGUUGGGUAGAAGAAUCCUUAUCCCUUUCAAUAACUAAAGUGGUCGAUGCCAAUUUGUUGAGAACCGAAAGAGAUUAUGCUUCAAUGGAGAAUUGUAUCUCUUCCAUAUUGGGACUAGCGUUGCAUUGUUGUGAUGAGUUACAUGAGCAGACGAUUAAUGCAAAAAGUAUUUUAAUCACACUCAACAAGAUCAGAUCGAAGUUUCUACAAAAUAUCGAAGGAAGUUAG